AUGUAUGAAAUGAAACUGAAGCACCUCCACCACGGAUCUAAGCUAGGCAUGGCGACGAAUGAAGCACCUCCCCAGCACAAACGAAAUGUCGUAGAAGAAACCACUCCGUCAGUGAUCGAAGAGACCACAAGGACCUUAUAUGUGUUGGAAGAAGGAAGAUAUGUUCCUGUAAAUAAGGGAUCAGAUGGAGCUUAUGUCUCACCACCAGCAUGUGAUUCAGACGAAGAUGUUGAUCAUGUUCUGGAAGAAGAGUAUAAUCGCCAACUUCGCGAAUCCGAUUGUUUUGACUGUAACGUAUAUGUACCAAAUGGUUCGGUGAUACCGUAUAUAUGUUAUGAUCAUCAUGAGGAUGAGAUUGGCAUUUGUGCUAGGGGUUCAAACUUUCAGUUGUUGCGGCUAGAGAAAUAUAAUGUCAUGUUCAAUGGAUUGGUGACUUACUUUAUAACUGCUGAGGUUACUGAUCCAGCCACCAAUUCGACUUUUGCUUUCCAAACAUGUGUUAAUCAAUGUACGUGUAAGCGCAAUGAAGAUUUCAGAAUAGAGACUGAACUUUGCAGGCUAAAACCCGAACCUCAAGGUUCUGAAGCCGAGGUCGAGGGUUGUCAUUGGAAUUCUGAAGUAGUUGAUGAUUUCUAUAAAGGUGAUCUAAAGUGGCUUCCGGAUGAUGCUUUGGUCCAAUCUGAUGAUAAGCGACAUCAGUUUUACGAGGUGAGAGCAUAA